AUGGGUUCACAACCGCUGGAACUAAGCACACUGCCGGAGAACCAUGAUCCAUUCCAGCCUUACAAAGUCGAGAAAUUCGACGAAGGUCUGAGCUACGAUACUCUUCAAGUCCAUGCCGGUCACAGGCCCGACAAAGAAACACAUGCACGAGCAGUUCCGAUCUACAACAGUGUGUCUUUCGUCUUCACAGACAGCGCUCACGCCAAGCGCGUGUGUGCCACUGAGGAAGCCGGAUACUUUUACAGCAGAGUUUCCAAUCCCACCGUUGCGGUGUUUGAGAAGCGAGCGGCUGCACUGGAGGGGGGUACUGCAGCUGUAGGCACAUGUUCUGGACAAGCUGCUAUUUUCAACACCAUCGUCUGCCUCGCCGGUGCCGGUGACAACAUUGUCGCGUCAAUCAAUCUGUAUGGCGGCACCUACAGCCUGUUCAAGACCCUGCUCCCCCGCCUGGGGAUCGAGGUGAAAUGGGCAAAGCAGGAGACAAGGCAGGAGUAUGCCAGGCUCGUGGACGAGAAGACCAAGCUCUUCUUUGUUGAAAGCAUUGGCAAUCCUCGCUGCAGUAUCCCUGAUUUCUUGGGCCUGGCUGCUGUCGCUCGCGAAAACCACGUCCCGCUCGUUGUCGACAACACAUUUGGUGCAUGCGGUACAUGGUGCAGGCCCAAGGACUUUGGCGCGAAUAUCGUCUUGCACUCGGCAACCAAGUGGAUGGGCGGCCACGGCACCACUGUCGGCGGCGUAAUCAUCGACUGCGGGAAUUUCGACUGGGGUGCGGCCGGUGACCGGUUCCCAAAGAUGAUCAAGAAGGACGGGCCGAUGGCCUUUUCCUACUGGAAGGCAUUCGGCAAUAUCUGUUUCGCUAUGGCGAUGAGAUUUGACAUCCUGAUGGAAGUCGGAACGAUCCUGAGCCCGGCAUCAGCGCAGCAGCUGCUGAUCGGAAUGGAGACGCUGAGCCUGAGGUGCGAGCGACACGCCACCAACACGAUGGCCGUUGCCCGCUUCUUGGAGUCGCACCCCAGAAUUGCGUGGGUUAACUAUCCAGGCCUCGAGUCGAACAUUUACCAUGAGAAUGCGAAGAGAUAUCUUAAGAACGGCUUCGGAAGUGUGCUCUCCUUUGGACCCAAGGGUGGAAACACGGCAAGCAAAUUACUUCUGAACUACGUCAAGGUCAUCUCCCACCAGUCAAACGUCGGAGACUCCAAGACAUUGGCCACACACCCUUGGAACUCGACACAUGUGAUCAUGUCCGAAGCAGACAGACGCGAGUCUGGCAUCACUCCAGCCUUUAUCCGAUUCUCAGUUGGUACUGAAGACGUGAAAGACAUCAUUGCCGAUCUCGACCAAGCGCUCAAUUCACUCCCCGAUGACGUCGUGAACGCGCACGAUGAGGACACGGAGAAGCUGAUGCCCAAGUAUACAGUGGGCGCACCCAUGGAUGCUGAUGCUGUGCCGAUCACAGACGUAAAGGUGUACUAA